GACCUGAGUCAUCAAGACCAAACCCACAGGCCUGACCAUAUUUAAGUCUGCCGCUGGUCAUUGUGUCGCGUCUUUCGUUGGCCGCACCUGUGAUGGGCUCACGGCAAAGAGUUUCUGAUAUCUGAAGCCUGACAGACAUUAGUUUCCAGCCAUGGGUGACUGGUCUUACCUGUCUGCUCUGCUAGACAAGGUCCAGUCUCACUCCACUGUGGUGGGGAAGAUCUGGAUGAGUGUCCUCUUCCUGUUCAGGAUCUUCGUCCUGGGCGCUGCUGCGGACAAUGUCUGGGGAGACGAAGUGUCGGAGUUCUACUGUGACAGCCAGGAACCAGGAUGCAAACACACCUGCUACAACUGGAUGUUCCCAAUAUCCUACAUUCAUUACUGGGUCCUGCAGAUCACCUUCGUAUCGACGCCCACCCUGGUCUACCUGGGCCACGCUGUCCACAUCAUCCACAAAGAGAGGAGGAUGAUGGAGCAGCUGAAGAACAACCCCAAUGGAAGUGCACUGAAGAAACCCAAGUACACAGACGACAGAGGGAAGGUGAAGAUAAAAGGCAUCCUCUUUUGCACUUACAUGACCCAGCUGGUAUUCAAGAUCCUCCUGGAGGUGGGAUUCAUUGUGGGCCAGUUCUACAUCUUUGGCUCUGUGUUCAUGGUGUCCUACUUCCACUGUACUGUGAGUCCACCUUGUGCCCAUUUCAGCGGAGCCCAGUGUUACAUCUCCCGUCCCACAGAGAAGACGAUCUUCAUCAUCUUCAUGCUCGUGGUCUCAGGCAUCUCAGUGCUGCUCAACAUCAUCGAGAUCAUAUAUCUGCUCUGUAACCAGAGGAGAGACGCCAGGAAACGGCUUCUAGCCAAGGAGCAUGUGUCCAGUUUACAGCAGUAUCCAUCCAAUCCUGGCUGGGGGGGCAUGAGCAGCCAGUAUGGAGGCUUCCCACUGCUGCCUCCACCUGGUCAGGGUCUGACAGAGCUCUGCAGUGACGACAAAUAUGGCGACUCUGUCAUGAAAGAAAAGGACACUUGACACAUCAGUUAUAAUAAUUAAUGAACAUCUGUUGGAGGUGUUUGCUCUUCCUAUUUUUUGCUUCAGUUACUCUUAAACAUUUUCUCAAACAGCUGGAGUGAGUUACCAACAUUUGCUGUUUUUUCUUUAAGCGUUCAAUUGAAUGAAUUAAUUUAAAAAUAAACCUUGACAAUACUGUGCUCUGAUUGGUCAGUAACACCACUGUGUCACACAUGUGUGUCAUCCAUUGAUAUUAUUAUGUUUGCUAUAUUUGUAAUAGGUAAUAUUUGUUGCUGUGUUAUGACAAUAUGGGUCACAUUGUGCUGUAAUAAAUGUUUCACUCUGUUA